AAAUAUUUUAUUUCAUUGUUAUAGAAUUUAAAGAAAAAUGUCUAAAAGAAAACAAGUUAGUGCAGAGGAAAAGCGUAUUAGAAUGUUGAAUUUAUUUCAUGAAAAGAAAGAAUUUUACCAGCUCAAAGAAUUGGAAAAAAUUGCACCAAAAGAAAAACAAAUUAUAGUACAAGCAGUAAAAGAUGUAGUUCAAAAUUUGGUAGAUGACGGACUAGUGGAUACAGACAAAAUUGGAACAUCUGUAUAUUUUUGGUCUUUUCCAAGCAAGACAAAAAUUUCCAAGAAAAAUGCACUAGAUAAUGCCAAAAUGCAGUUGGACGAAUAUCAAAAAAAAUUAAAUAAAAACUUGGAAAUAAUUGAGAAAGAAAAAGUAGGAAAAGAUGUAACAAAUGAAAGGAAAACUCUUUUAGAUAAGAUUAAAGAUCUUGAAGAGGAAAAAUUGAAAUUGGAUAACGAAUUAAAAAAAUACCAAGAUUCCAACCCGGCAGAAUACGAACGUAUGAAGAAAAGUAUAGUGGUGGCUAAAGAAGCAGGUAAUCGUUGGACAGACAACGUAUUUUCAGUGAAGUCAUGGUGCAAGAGGAAAUUUUUCAUUGAAGACAGUAUCAUUGACAAACAGUUCGGAAUACCAUCAGACUUGGACUACCUAGAAUGAUGCGCACUCUGCAAGAGUUGAUGAACGUUACAGACGAUAAAGCGACAACAUUCAUCACAAAAAAAAAAAAACAUCUAAAUAUAAAUAACAAGAACAAAUAAACAUAACCUACGUAUCGUUAUCACAAACAGUUAUGAUAGUGAAGCAAAGUGAUUGUAAUUCGGUGUUGGAAUAACGGAUUAAAUAUUUAACUGUUUGGUCUUU